AAAAAGAAAAGAAAAAUCCAAGCGACGACCCGGCCCGGAGGCGGAGCCCCAAAGUGGCCCGAUCCCUGAGGCAGAGAGCCAUGUCCGCGUCCUCCCCUCCUCCGGCCGACGCGACGGCCGCGGGGGCGGAGCCGGAGGCGGAGGCCGCCACCGUCGUGUGGUACUGCUACGAGUGCCACGCCACCGUUUCUCUCCCCGCUCCGCCCCCCGCGCCCUCGCCCUCGCGGCUCCUGCUCUGCCCCCGCUGCCGCAGCGACUACCUCGAGGAGAACCCUAACCCGUCUCCCUCCUCCCCUCCCCCGCCUCCUCCUCCGCCGCCGCCGGGCCUCCUCACCGACUCCGGCUCCUCCUCCGGGGAGGAGGACACCGACGGCCUCGACGGCCUCGCCCACUCCGCCGCGCACGCCCACCUCAGCCAACUCGUCCGCCGCCUCUACGACGACCCCACCUACGUGGCCACGGCCGCGGCCGCCGCGGUGUCCGCGCUCCGGCAGCAGGGCCGCAUCGCCGGACAGGGCCAGCCCCCGGCGACGCCCGCCUCCAUCGCCGCCCUGCCCACGGUCGAGGUGUCCGAGCCCGCCGCGGUCUGCGCCAUCUGCAAGGACGACCUCCCCCUCGCCGCCGCCGCGCGGAGGCUCCCCUGCGGCCACCUCUACCACUCCACCUGCAUCGUGCAGUGGCUGCAGAUGCACAACUCCUGCCCCGUCUGCCGCUACUGCCUCCCGUCCGCCGAUCUCGAGGAGGUGGAACCGCUGGACCAGACCACCACCCAGAUCACGAUCCGGUUCACGACCAACCGCCGCCGCAACCGAGGCAGCAAUGACGCGGCGGCGGCGGCUCCCGUUGCAACCUCGCCUACACAGCUUGCGCAGGCCAUGACUGGGGAAGGCGGCAGCGGACCUGCGAAUAGUGCGGAGACUGUUUCGUCUGAAUGGCCACCGCCCCCUGAGUCCGAUGCUGUUAUGUCAGAGGCCCGUCAGGAGGAGGGCUUCUUGGAUUGGCCACCACCCCCCGAGUCUGAUGCUGUCAUGUCAGAGGCCCCUCAGGACGAGGACUUGUUGGAUUGACCCAGAAGUAAAACCUUGCAGGUGACAAGGUUAGGCGGGGUAGCUGUUAGCCGUCAUCAAGGAAGGUUGCGAUGUGCCUGCUCCUUUCGGUUUGUGCUUAUACUCGAGUUGUCCCUGCCAAGUGUCUUUCCCGCUGCAUGAUAACAUGCUGUUUAGGGCUCUAGUGCUGUUAUAGGUGAAUUAAGUGGUCCAAUGCAUAGCCCGGGAGCAUUCAUUGGAUUUCUUGUCAAUACCUUGUAUAUUGGUUAAACUUGUUACAUGUGCAAUAAUAUGUAAAAUUGGUGUGUCUUUUUUACUUUA